GCAGGGCGCUCGGGCCGGGGCGGCCGGCGCCAUGGGCAACCGCGGGAUGGAAGAACUGAUCCUGCUGAUCAACAAGCUGCAGGACGCCUUCAGCUCCAUCGGCCAGAACUGCCACCUGGACCUGCCGCAGAUCGCCGUGGUGGGCGGCCAGAGCGCCGGCAAGAGCUCGGUGCUCGAGAACUUCGUGGGCCGGGACUUCCUUCCCCGCGGCUCAGGAAUCGUCACCAGACGGCCCCUCGUUCUGCAGCUCAUCUUCUCAAACACAGAACAUGCCGAGUUUCUGCACUGCAAGAACAAAAAGUUCACAGACUUCGACGAGGUCCGGCGAGAGAUCGAAGCAGAGACCGACAGGGUCACGGGGACCAACAAAGGCAUCUCCGCCGUGCCCAUCAACCUGCGGGUCUACUCGCCGCACGUGCUUAACCUCACCCUCAUCGACCUUCCGGGCAUCACCAAGGUGCCCGUGGGGGACCAGCCUCCGGACAUUGAGUACCAGAUCAGGGACAUGAUCCUGCAGUUCAUCAGCCGGGAAAGCACCCUGAUCCUCGCCGUCACCCCCGCCAACAUGGACCUGGCCAACUCGGACGCCCUUAAAAUGGCCAAGGAGGUUGACCCCCAAGGGUACAUCGGCGUGGUGAACCGCAGCCAGAAGGACAUCGAGGGCAGGAAGGACAUCCGAGCGGCCAUGGCAGCCGAGAGGAAGUUCUUCCUCUCCCACCCGGCCUACCGACACAUGGCGGACCGCAUGGGUACCCCCCACCUACAGAAGGCGCUGAAUCAGCAACUGACCAACCACAUCCGGGAGUCGCUGCCGGCCCUGCGCAGCAAGCUGCAGAGCCAGGUGCUGUCCCUGGAGAAGGAGGUGGAGGAGUACAAGAACUUCCGGCCCGAUGACCCCACGCGAAAAACCAAAGCCCUGCUGCAGAUGGUCCAGCAGUUCGGGGUGGACUUUGAGAAGAGGAUCGAGGGCUCGGGCGACCAGGUGGACACCCUGGAGCUCUCGGGGGGCGCCCGCAUCAAUCGCAUCUUCCACGAGCGGUUCCCCUUCGAGCUGGUCAAGAUGGAGUUCGAUGAGAAGGACUUGCGGCGAGAGAUCAGCUAUGCCAUCAAGAACAUCCACGGAGUCAGGACGGGGCUCUUCACCCCCGACAUGGCCUUUGAAGCCAUUGUGAAAAAACAGAUUGUAAAGCUCAAAGAGCCCAGCCUGAAGUGCGUUGACCUCGUGGUCUCAGAACUGACCGCGGUCAUUAAAAAGUGUUCCCAGAAGCUCAGCUCCUACCCCCGGCUGCAGGAGGAGACGGAGCGCAUCGUCACCACGCACAUCCGAGAGCGGGAGGGCAAGACCAAGGACCAGAUCCUCCUCCUGAUUGACAUAGAGCUGUCCUACAUCAACACGAACCACGAGGACUUCAUUGGGUUUGCCAACGCCCAGCAGAGGAGCACGCAGCUGAACAAGAAGAGAGCCAUCCCCAAUCAGGGGGAGAUCUUGGUGAUCCGCAAGGGCUGGCUGACCAUCAACAACAUCAGCCUGAUGAAGGGCGGCUCCAAGGAGUACUGGUUCGUGCUGACCGCCGAGGCGCUGUCCUGGUACAAGGAUGAGGAGGAGAAGGAGAAGAAGUACAUGCUGCCGCUGGACAACCUCAAGAUCCGAGACGUGGAGAAGGGCUUCAUGUCUACCAAGCACAUCUUCGCCAUCUUUAACACGGAGCAGAGGAAUGUCUACAAGGACCUGCGGCAAAUUGAGCUGGCUUGUGACUCCCAGGAGGAAGUGGACAGUUGGAAGGCCUCAUUCCUCAGGGCGGGGGUCUACCCUGAGAAGGACCAGGCAGAAAACGAGGAGGGGACCCAGGAGAACACCUUCUCCAUGGACCCGCAGCUGGAGCGCCAGGUGGAGACUAUACGCAACCUGGUGGACUCGUACGUGGCCAUCAUCAACAAGUCCAUCCGGGACCUCAUGCCGAAGACCAUCAUGCACAUCAUGAUCAACAACACCAAGGCCUUCAUCCACCACGAGCUGCUGGCCUACCUGUACUCAUCGGCAGACCAGAGCAGCCUCAUGGAGGAGUCGGCUGAGCAGGCCCAGCGGCGGGACGAGAUGCUGCGCAUGUACCACGCCCUCAAGGACGCGCUCAACAUCAUUGGGGACAUCAGCACCAGCACCGUGUCCACGCCCAUGCCCCCGCCGGUGGACGACACCUGGCUUCAGAGCUCCACCAGCCACAGCCCUACACCACAGCGCCGGCCUGUGUCCAGCGUGCACCCACCAGGCCGGCCCCCAGCAGUGCGGGGUCCCACUCCGGGCCCUCCCCUGAUUCCCGUGCCAGUGGGGACAACGGCCUCCUUCUCAGCGCCCCCCAUCCCGUCCCGUCCCGGCUCCCAGGGCAUGUUUGCCAACAACGACCCCUUCUCGGCCCCGCCGCAGAUCCCCUCGAGGCCGGCUCGCAUCCCGCCCGGCAUCCCGCCUGGAGUGCCCAGCAGAAGACCCCCUGCUGCGCCCAGUCGGCCCACCAUUAUCCGCCCAGCCGAGCCGUCCCUGCUCGACUAGGCUGUGGGGGCCCUGUUCUCAGGCCCUCAUGCACCCACCACGCAGGAGCUUCCAUGGCCUGGACGCUGCAGCCCCAGGCCUGUGCUGCCUGAGCAAGGGCAGGCCCCUGCGGGUAGCCUGAGUCUCCCCGGCGCCAGGCUGGUCUGGCCCUGUACCUGGCUGGACACUGACCACUGAAUGAAGGGGCCUUGGCGCCCAGGUGGGAGAAGCCGGAAUGUUGCACUUUGGGGGUUGGCGCCUCAGUAGCAGUGGGGGGUCAGGAGGCUGCCCCUGAGGGCCUUCUUGAGGGAGGGACCCAGGCUGCAUGGGGGUAUGUGCCCAGUCCGGGGCUGAGUGCCUACUCCACUGGCCUCUCAAGUCCAUGCCCAGGGGCCUCGGCCACACACACCACCACCCCAGGCCGGAGUUGUACAUAAUCCCUCCUCCUUCGUAUUAACCACACGACAGGAGCCCGGCCAAGCCUCGGCCACCAGAGGUGCCUUCGCCAGCCUAGCUGGCCUCUCUCUGGGGACCCCUGGGCGAUGUGGGCUCAGGCUGUGUGUGGCUGGGGAGGCCUCAGGGGUCUCUGGGUCCUGCCCAGACCUGCCUUCCCAGGGGGAUGGGGGCCCAAGGUGCUCUCUGGGCGGACCCCAACUGCUCCUCGCUCAGUCUGACCACUGUAAGUGCCUGCGCUCUGUAUCCGAUUAAUAAAACUAAAAUGAAGGGAA